AUGGAUUCCAAGCUUCAUCUCGCUCUCACUGUCUCAAAUAUCAAGGCCCAUGUUCCCAUCACUCUGGAAAAAGACUCCACGCACUAUACAACCUGGAAAACCUUAUUCAAGGUCCACUGCCAAAUUUAUGAUGUCCUGGAUCAUCUAUCGCCAAAACCCGUAGCCGCAGCUUCUUCCUCAGACACUUCAGCCGCUGACAAGACUGCAGCGGCGGCUGCUGAAGCCUUAUGGUCCCGCCUGGACGCACUUGUUCUCCAGUGGAUUUAUGCCACUAUAUCCCCUGAUCUUCUUAAUACCAUUCUCAAACCCGGACAGACCGCUCAUGCCGCCUGGUCUUCGGUUGAAAGCGAAUUUAAUGACAACAAGAACACCAGGGCAGUUUUUCUAGGUCAAGAAUUUGCGAACCUGUGUCUUGAGAAUUUCCAAUCGAUGGCAGACUACUGUCAGCAAGCCAAACACCUGGCCGAUCAACUUGACAGUGUUGGCUCACCGGUUAAUGAUCGUAUGCUUGUUCUCAAAAUCCUAACUGGCCUCACCGAACAAUAUGAUGGGAUAUCUACCGUGCUUCAGAAUCGUGAUCCGUUACCAGACUUUAAUGAAGUCCGCUCUCGCCUGACCAUGGAAGAAACUAAGAAAAAGAGACAUGCCACUCGAGCCGCUCAGUCUGCCGCCACAGCCCUUGCUGCCACUGUGAACGCUUCUGCACAAAAUUCCACUCAACUGACCCCCUCCUACGCCUCCUCCGAUCGCGGUCGUGGUCGGACUCGAGGUCGUGGACGUGGUCGGGGCCGUGGUUUCUCCUCCCGUGGCCGAGGGUACCCUCAGCAACCUUACAACCCAGCUCACCCAUACAUCGGUUUUCCUCGCAGUUGGGUCGCCUCUCAAUGGGCCGGUCUGCUGCAAAACGACCAUACAUCACCAGCCUCGGCCUAA